CUCAUUUGGCAGCACCGUAUUUGAUUUGCUAAAAGCUAUUAUUAAAAAUAAUUUUCUUUUUUUUUUAAUCAUUAGAUAUUUAUGAAAGUGCUUUCAAUAGUACUCUUGCUAUUCCCUUUGGCUUUAGCCUAUAAGCCCGGGGAUUCAAUACCAAUUUAUUAUAACAAGAUAUUCUCUUUGAAAAACCCACUGUCUUAUAGUUAUGACUCGUUGGGCUUUGUCUGUCCAACGCAACACAGUUCACGAAAAAAGAGUCUAUUGGUAUUUGACCAAGACUUUCGUGGGGACAGGUCAAUACAGAGUGACUACAAGAUCAACUUUUUAGAAAGUCAAGAAUGUCGGCUACUUUGUAAACAGUCUUGGCGUGUUGAAGACGCUAUCCGAGUAGAAGAGUUAAUUUCGGACGACUAUCUUGUAGAAUGGGAAUUGGAUGGUUUGCCUGGUGUUACUGUCUCUUAUACCAAUGAAGCCCCUGAGCAUAAUUAUCGCAUUGGAUUUCCUUUAGGGUUUAAAAAGGGCGAUGCUACUUUUAUCAAUAACCAUGCUAUCUUUCAAAUACUUUACACACCUUCUCAGGAAAAGUUUGGUGGUUAUGACAUUGUUGGAUUUGAAGUCUAUCCUGAUUCAAUUGCAGACGGUGAAUGCACAAAGAAGAAUGUGGAAUAUGCAUUUCAGGAAGUGACUAUCCGUAGAGCAACUGUUUCUUUUACUUAUUCUGUUCAAUGGAAAGAAGUUCAAAUGCUUCCCAAGAGUCGUUGGGACGCAUUUCUUUUGAAACCUAAUCCUGACAGACAUUAUUAUGCCUUGCUGAAUGCUAUGAUUGUCGUCAUGUUAGUAUCUAGUCUGAUUGGUUUGAUUUUAUUCAAGACAAAGCAAAAAGACAGUAAUAGCGAAGACAAAGAUUUUAAGAUGUAUGACGAUGCUGAUGACUUUAUUGGUUGGCGUUUGAUCAAUCGUGAUGUGUUUAGAAGACCUGUUUAUGGUGGUCUAUUGACACCUAUCAUGGGUACAGGAAUCCAACUCUUUAUGGUCUUUAUUGGUUUGACAUUGUGUCUUCAAUUGGGAUGGUAUCAUCCUGCUCAACCUGGAUCAUUGGCACGUUGGUUUACUUUCUUGUUCUUGUUGGGCGCUAUUCCUGCUGGUUAUUGGAGUGCUCGUAUCUACAAAGUGUUUAGGGGCAAAUCUUGGGUCUUGAACAGUAUUCUUACUGCUGUUGUGUGUCCAAGUAUCAUGGUGAUCCUCUUGUUUUUUAUCAGUGUGAUAACAUGGUUUAGACAGUCAUCCCUUGCCAUUUCGUUUUCUGGUUGGGUUUCCCUGUUAUCAAUCUGGGUUCUCUUGUUGGUGCCUCUUACUUCUUUAGGUGCUUAUUUUGGCGAGAAAGCAGAACGUAUUGAGUAUCCCUCGCGCACAACACAAAUCCCUCGUAUGAUCCCACCCAAACGUUGGCAUCAAUCCAAUACGGUCCGUGCUUUACUCGCAGGCAUACUUCCUUUUGCUGCCCUGUUUCUAAACUGGCAUGAACUCUUGACGUCUAUCUGUAGAGGAGAAUAUACCUUGUCUGUCAAUUAUACAGUAUGGGCCUCUGUCUUGGCAUUGAUGGCUGCUGUUGAAGUGACAAUUGUUUUGAUCUUUUUACAACUUUGUGCUGAGGACUAUCAUUGGUGGUGGCAAUCAUUUGUCAUUGGUGCCUCACCUACUUUCUACAUGUUUGGGUAUGGUGUCUUUUAUUUCUUGAAUAGCUCAAACAUUCAAGGCUUUGUGGGUGGAUCUAUUUACUUGACGUACUUGUUACUGGGUUGCAGCAUGGUUGGUCUAUGUACAGGUACACUUGGUUUCUUAAGUGCAUAUAUGAUCAUUAGACGCAUUUAUUCUUCUGUCAAGGUUGAUUAAAUGGAGCAAACAAUAAAAUAAUAAUAAAAAAAAGCCCUUAUUUAUUGAAAGUC